GCCGCAUUUUAUAAAUAUUAGUCGGGGUCUUUUUAUUCCUUCGUUACCCGGUCACAGGAAAUGACAACAUUCAAGAUAUCCAUGCAACACUGACGUGUCCGCGGUGCAGAAUAAAUCGUGUGCUGUGUUAGCGCGACACACCUGGGAUUAUUAUAACAGCUGUGUUAAGAUUUCCGUUGUCAGAGGGACUGUUAUCAUCACUCGGCAAUAUCCCCGGGUUGAUCUUAGUUGUUGCAAUGCGGCGCAGCAGUGUCGACCAGAAGCAGGACAGGCGGACAGACACAAUGAACGGCGACGCCCAUCGUUUGACCGGCGGAGAUGAUGGUUGUCAUGAGGCCACGGCCGCCACCACCACCACGACGGCGACGGAGAAAAAAGGAGGAGUGAGGCGGAGGGCAUGCCCUGCAGGGCAGCCAGAGGAUCGGCCUCCUCCAGAGAGGACCUCCAUCCCAGCAGGGACAUCGGGAGCAACAAAGCCAUCGGCUGGGGCAGGAGCAGAGGUCAAACUCAUGGAGGGGAAAGGCGCAGGAGGAGGGAGGGCAUGCCCUGCAGGGCAGCCAGAGGAUCGGCCUCCUCCAGAGAGGACCUCCAUCCCAGCAGGGACAUCGGGAGCAACAAAGCCAUCGGCUGGGGCAGGAGCAGAGGUCAAACUCAUGGAGGGGAAAGGCGCAGGAGGAGGGAGGGCAUGCCCUGCAGGGCAGCCAGAGGAUCGGCCUCCUCCAGAGAGGACCUCCAUCCCAGCAGGGACAUCGGGAGCAACAAAGCCAUCGGCUGGGGCAGGAGCAGAGGUCAAACUCAUGGAGGGGAAAGGCGCAGGAGGAGGGAGGGCAUGCCCUGCAGGGCAGCCAGAGGAUCGGCCUCUUCCAGAGAGGACCUCCAUCCCAGCAGGGACAUCGGGAGCAACAAAGCCAUCGGCUGGGGCAGGAGCAGAGGUCAAACUCAUGGAGGGGAAAGGCGCAGGAGGAGGGAGGGCAUGCCCUGCAGGGCAGCCAGAGGAUCGGCCUCUUCCAGAGAGGACCUCCAUCCCAGCAGGGACAUCGGGAGCAACAAAGCCAUCGGCUGGGGCAGGAGCAGAGGUCAAACUCAUGGAGGGGAAAGGCGCAGGAGGAGGGAGGGCAUGCCCUGCAGGGCAGCCAGAGGAUCGGCCUCUUCCAGAGAGGACCUCCAUCCCAGCAGGGACAUCGGGAGCAACAAAGCCAUCGGCGGGGGCAGGAGCAGAGGUCAAACUCAUGGAGGGGAAAGGCGCAGGAGGAGGGAGGGCAUGCCCUGCAGGGCAGCCAGAGGAUCGGCCUCUUCCAGAGAGGACCUCCAUCCCAGCAGGGACAUCGGGAGCAACAAAGCCAUCGGCUGGGGCAGGAGCAGAGGUCAAACUCAUGGAGGGGAAAGGCGCAGGAGGAGGGAGGGCAUGCCCUGCAGGGCAGCCAGAGGAUCGGCCUCCUCCAGAGAGGACCUCCAUCCCAGCAGGGACAUCGGGAGCAACAAAGCCAUCGGCGGGGGCAGGAGCAGAGGUCAAAAUCAUGGAGGGGAAAGGCGCAGGAGGAGGGAGGGCAUGCCCUGCAGGGCAGCCAGAGGAUCGGCCUCUUCCAGAGAGGACCUCCAUCCCAGCAGGGGCAUCGGGAGCAACAAAGCCAUCGGCGGGGGCAGGAGCAGAGGUCAAAAUCAUGGAGGGGAAAGGCGCAGGAGGAGGGAGGGCAUGCCCUGCAGGGCAGCCAGAGGAUCGGCCUCCUCCAGAGAGGACCUCCAUCCCAGCAGGGGCAUCGGGAGCAACAAAGCCAUCGGCGGGGGCAGGAGCAGAGGUCAAAAUCAUGGAGGGGAAAGGCGCAGGAGGAGGGAGGGCAUGCCCUGCAGGGCAGCCAGAGGAUCGGCCUCUUCCAGAGAGGACCUCCAUCCCAGCAGGGACAUCGGGAGCAACAAAGCCAUCGGCGGGGGCAGGAGCAGAGGUCAAACUCAUGGAGGGGAAAGGCGCAGGAGGAGGGAGGGCAUGCCCUGCAGGGCAGCCAGAGGAUCGGCCUCCUCCAGAGAGGACCUCCAUCCCCGCAGGGACAUCGGGAGCAGCAACAGCAACGUCAGCCAGGGCAGGAGCCGUGGCUAAGAAAAAGCCGGAAGCAGUGAAGGUCGUAUCGCGAAGAGGCUACACUGGCAGAGCUGUGAUCCCUGCACAGAAAAAGGAAAUCGUGUCUGUCGCCAAGGCCAUGCAUCAGGAAAACUUCGCGGCCAAAGUGAAAGAGCUCUUCGACCCAGAGAGGGAAGCCACCCUGCAGGCUCUCAAGACAGGCGUGUACGUGGGCUGGCGCUGCCCAGAGUUCACGUGGGACUGCAUCCGUGUGGGAGAAUCGUGCCGCUGCUUCUGCGGGCACCUUCUCGCCGAUCACCACAGCUACACGGGUCAGAGUGUACACGUGCCAUGUGCCAAACCGGGAUGCGGGUGCCGUGCAUUUGCUUUCAUCCCUUCCCGGCCGGAGGAGGUGGGAGAGUUCUGGCUGCGAAAGCGUCCUGGCUUCGAGCCGAAGAACUGGCGCGCCAAGUGUCGCUGCAAACAUAGCCACGACGCACACGUUCCCAGAGGCAGCCUCUCUUGCAAGACCAAAGGUUGCAGCUGCCCGCGUUUUGAGUCGAGUUUUCUGUGCGCGGCGUGCGACCGUCGCUGGGAGCAGCACGAGACAUUCUUCGACACGGAGAAGAGCAGACGUGAGGCUGGCCUGCCCGUCGGUGAGGCGUACUUGCCGUUCGCGGAGAUCCCGAAGCUCAGAAACGCUGUGCUGACGGGCAGCGAGGAGGACGACACGGGAUACGUGGCCCUCAGGGAAGGGGGCCUCGCUGCACUGCCACCAAGCCAGCCAGCGGAAGAUGGUGUGGCCAGCGGCACGAAGGCGUCUGGCUUUCGGCCGGUGUAUGACUAACCUGUGCUGCUACGGUUUCCAUAAAACUGCGUUUCCCGUUUAUUUCAAUGUCGUAUUCAUGAAACUCUUUAAAUGUACAAACCCAACCUUCUCACGCCUCAUGUCCACUGUGAACUUCCAUAAUCUGCAUAUAUAUACGACUGCUAUAAGAUGAUGUUAAGGACGCUGCGGUGGUGUUACGGUUAGCACACUUGACUUGUAAUUCAGAGGUCACCGAUUUAAUUCGAUCUCCCGGCGUGGCAUUUGAAAUGGUGCAAAUUUAUCAAAUCCCCCUACACCCCACCUCUUUACACCCUGCAGUAUGAAUGUGUACGGCGUGGUUAGUUGAUCGGCAGGAUACAUAUGGUCGGGUACAGUGUUGGUACCCCCACCUUUUCCAAGAUGUCUAGCCAAAAUAUCCUCCAGUGGAGGCUCUUCACACAGCAGUGGAAUGAGCAAGCAAUUAUCGCAAGGCUGGAGCUUUACCUUUUUUAAUGAAAUUACAUGAAAGAAUGUCACAUUUGGGGGAGGGGGGGGGGUGAUUUUACUCCUAAAAUUACAGGAAACGUUAACAUUUGCUUUCCAUAAA